GCACCGGCGGUGAGCCGGCACUGCAGCUGACACUGGCCAUCAUCAAGCCGCACAUCGUCAAGGACCCCUACAGUCUGCAGGCCAUUCGCCAGAUCGCCCUCCACGAUGGCUUCUACUUUGUCCGCUCCACCAGCAGGGCAAUGACCACCUCCGACACCGAGNUUCGCGCCCAGGGCAAGUUCUUCUACAAUCGUCUGGUGGCCUUCAUGAGCAGCGGCGACUGUGCUGUGCACGUACUGGCUCGUACCGACGCCAUUGCACGGUGGAGGACGCUGAUGGGACCGACAAAGGUGUACAGAACUCGCCUGGAACAGCCGACGACGAUCAGGGGCCGCUUCGGGGCGACGGACACGCGAAACGCCACUCACGGCUCCGAUUCAGUGGAGACGGCGAGCAGAGAGGUGGCCUUCUUCUUCCCCGACUUUA